UAGUUGGCCACAGUGAGCUCGUUCUCGUUGCGGCUCCUUGCACGACGCGACGCGAGCACGCUUCUGGCACGGCCGGUCGUUAGCCUGGUUUUAACGCCGCGAUGCCGCGCUAUUGUGCGGCAGAGGGUUGUGGCAACAGCUUGUCACGUCGCGAGCUGCCGAUGCGCAAGUUUCCGGCCGACGAGAAACUCCGUGCUGUGUGGACCCGCCUCGCGCGUCCCUCGUUUCCCACGUGGGUUCCGAACCCAAAUGAUCGCCUGUGCUCCGAUCACUUCUGCGAUGACGACUACGAAAGAAGCCCCAGCGCGCUGAAGAGCGUCGGUCUGCCCACAAAGAGCGUACGACUGAAAUCAGGAGCUGUUCCGAGCAUCUUCUCAAAAAAGCGGAAAGCCAACCCGCUGAGCGAACCGCUCGAAAAGCGACGCAAAGUGAAUCAGGCACCUCUACUUGAUGCCACCAACCUCCCGGUUGGAGUCACUGACAGAUGUUGGGAGACUGAACACGAAGAGGCAGAACCAUCUGUGUGCUCAGCGACCCGAAGCACGUCCCUGAGCAGUGUGGUUGAUUCUGCGGCAUCCACGACCACCCAGGGCAGCCCCAGGACCCCCGCAGCGAUGACAAGCGCAUCUCUGAGCGGUGUGAUUGAUUCUGCGGCAUCCUCAACCACCCAGGGCAGCCCCAGGACCCCCGCAGCGAUGACAAGCGCGUCUCUGAGCGGUGUGAUUGAUUCUGCGGCAUCCUCAACCACCCAGGGCAGCCCCAGGACCCCCCCAGUGACCCAGGGUGCAUCGUCCAGCUGGCUCCUCGCUCUUGCUGCAUCCCCAACCACCUUGGUACAAACAGGCAGCCCCAGCAUGCCCACAGCAACCCAAAGGGUCACAAGUGCAGGUACACCCACUCUGCACGCAGCAUCCAGGCGCUGCAAGAAAAAGUGUGCAACGACGCAGACAGCAGGCUUGCAAAGAAAUGCAGCAAUCCAAGCAUGCAUCAAGCCACCGUCAAGGACCCGGACUGUCCAGACAGAGGUUUCUGGGACACUGUUGUGGGCUUCCUCCCCGUUGCAUUCCUCGGAUCCAUGGGACCUCGAUUCCUCGGGCGAGCAGCAAAGACAAGCCGCCGACCCUGACUAUUCUCCAUCGGAAGACAGCUUUGAGAGGCCUCAGAAGCAAGCGCCAUCCCUGGUGGAAGAGAGGAAAUUCAUCGUCUUUGAAUCCUGCCUUGAUGUGCUGCUCGACACGUGCCGAACCUGUGCUGCCUCUGUCAUCCACAUGGACAAGAGUGUUCAAGGCUGCUGUCUCCAGGUUUCCACCGUUUGCAAGAAUGGCCACGUGGAUAACUGGUGUAGCCAGCCGAUCAUCAGGCGAAAGCCGGUUGGCAACAUCCUCAUGGCUGCUUCAGCUUUGUUUACUGGCUGCUGCAUCAAAAAGACCUUGAGGAUGCUGACUGGUAUGGGGAUAGCCUGCUUCACCUACAGGACCUUCUUCACGAUCCAGAAGGCGUUUCUCCAUCCUGCAAUUGAAAAGGUGUGGAACAAGCAUCAGCUGGACCUCUUCACAGCUGCUGCAGGAAAGCAGCUGACGAUCGCCGGUGAUGGGAGGGCGGAUUCGCCUGGUCACAGUGCCAAGUACGGCACCUACACCAUGCUGGAUGUUGACAGCAACAAGGUCCUUCACGUGGAAACUGUCCAGUCCAAUGAAACCGGUGGAAGUUACCACAUGGAGCUGGAAGGCCUCAAAAGGUCCCUCAACAUCUUUGAGGCCCACUGCCUGGUAGUGGGUAUCCUGGUGACGGACAGACACCCCCAGCUCAACGCCUGGCUGGCACGGGAGCACCCGGACAUUUGCCACCUGUUCGACUGCUGGCACGUGGCAAAGGCUAUCAAGAAGAAGCUGGUUGCGGCUGGGAAGUCGCGGCACCUGGAGGAGCUGAGCUCCUGGACCAAGGCGGUGGUCAAUCACCUCUACUGGUCUGCGGGGACGAGUCCUGAGGACCAGGACCUCAUCCUUCCCAAGUGGAAAUCCCUGGUGGCGCACGUGGCAAAUGUGCACUCCCACCGUGAUCCUCUGUUCCCAGAGUGCCAGCAUCAAGAGCUACAUAAGAAGUGGCUAGAGGAAGGAUCGCCUGCUCAUCAGAAGCUGCGGGAGAUUGUCCUUUCCCCACACCUUGUACGGGACAUCCCUCGGCUAUCCACAUCAGCACAGACCUUUGCAACGGAGUGCUUCCAUAGCACCCUGUUGCAGUUUGCACCGAAGCUAAUGCACUACAGCUUCCGCAGCAUGAAGGCAAGGACCUUCCUGGCAGCCUUGCAUUAUAACGAGAACGCAGGAAGGCCCCAGGCAGUGACCAAAGAUGGGGAGCUCGUCUGGGUCAUCAAGUUCCCUAAAGCGAAGAAGGGGGCUGUGGUUGCUCCGCACAAAACUGGCUGCACAUACGAGUAUGUGGGGGAGCUGAUGGCAGCUGUGCUGGACCUGUGCAAGACCAUACCCUCCUAUGCUGCCGCCAUUGAACUGCACAGCCAGGAUGCACCUCCAUUCCUGUCCAGUGCAUAUGAGUGUGCCGACAAACAGGCACUGGUGCAACAACACCAGUCAAGGUUUAACAGGUAGCGAGAUGAAAGUUGGGGCCUGGCUUUGUACAAGUCCUUGCAAGGUCACACUGGCACAAAUCCACAUCCCUGAGUGGGGGAGUAGCUGCCGGUCUCGCAGUGUGUGCUAGAUGCCUUUCUCAUCUCUCAUCUCUUGUGUUGCUGCCGCUCUUGGAGUGGUGCAGUAUGAAGCGUAGAGCGUAGGCUCCUCCUAGUAAGCAGCACUGUAGGGGAGAACCCUUCCGACACCACAGCAGGUGCAUUAGGGUAGUCGGUGCACCAUGAAGCGUAGAGCGUAGGCUCCUCCUAGUAAGCAGCACUGUAGGGGAGAACCCUUCCGACACCACAGCAGUUCAGUGGGUUUUAAGCAGGUUCUGUCCAGCCUUCACCGCUCUCUACUUCUCCGUUACGCUGGAGGUCCAUU